ACAAAAUCAGGUACUAUCGUUGCGUCAUGUUGCAUUAAUAUCACAUGGGCAUUUCUUUUGUGACCUGUUCCCUUGGUGUAUUGCUCUGUGUCAGCGCUAGAGGAUAUAAGAAUCACAGUGCACACUUUGACUCACCAGUCUUUUUCAACUGAACUACCAUCAAGUUCAAGGACAUUCAUCCUCUAAAAGAGAAACAUCAAAGUACAUUGGUUUCCUAUUAGAAAAAGAGGUCUUCUAAAUGAGAAACGGAUGCAUUGACAUUUUUGGUCUGUGCAGUUUGCCGAAAAUUAUUGAUCCUGAAGAACUGGUUUUUCAGGGGUGAGAAACAGUGAGGAGCAAACAAACCUGCGAUGAGCCCCCUGAAUUCACCCUCCUUCAUUAAUGCCACUAUUGUUCGUCCUGAGUUCUUUUUCAUAAGUGGUUUUGCUGGUAUUCCCCAUGCAAACUACUACUAUGUCUUCUUGUGCCUUGUUUAUGCUCUGAGUCUACUAGGAAAUGCAUUUGUCAUGUUUGUGAUUUACACUGACCACCGUCUCCACAGUCCAAAAUACAUUGUCGUUUUUAAUUUGGCUGUGUCUGACUUGUGUGGAAGCACCGCAGUUGUUCCUCAGAUGAUUGACACCUUGCUGUUUAAAUCACAUUUAAUCUCCUACGGGGCCUGCUUGACUAAUAUGUUUUUUGUAUUUGCUUUUAUCACUGUGCAGUCUUUCACUCUCACCGUUCUGUCCUAUGACAGAUUUGUUGCGAUAUGCUUUCCACUGAGAUACAAUGAGAUUGUGACUAGUAAAUCAAUGUUGGUGAUCACAACCAUAAUAUGGAUUUUUGCAGGAACGGCCAUUCUUAUAACUGUGAUAUUUAUCAGCAGAAUAUCAUUCUGCAAAUCCGUUGUGAUAAACAGCUUUUUUUGUGAUCAUGGAGCUGUACAACUUUUGGCAUGCGACGACAACCCUCCAAGUGCUGUGAUAAACUGGACACAUCCCGUUAUAAUUCUCUGGUUUCCAGUACUUUUUAUCACAGGUACAUAUAUUUGUAUAGCCAGAGCGUUAUUUAAAAUUGCAGAAGCCUCUGAGCGCCUCAAAGCCAUGAAGACCUGCACCUCUCAUUUGAUCUUGGUGAGUGUGUUUUAUCUUCCAAUAUGCAUCACCGACGCAAUGAGCUCCACCAUUCAACUGAACACCAGGAUCGUGAACAUGUCCCUGGCGACUGUCUUGCCACCAAUGCUGAAUCCAAUCAUUUACUCUCUGAAGACAGAGGAAUUCACAGAAUCCAUUAAAAAGCUGUACAGAAGAAACAAGAUACAAAUUGUUGUAAGGAAUAAAUUAAAAACAAAUGUUUAAUCACAAAUGACUGACUACCAAAUUUCACUGUGUUCAUUAUUUUGAACACUCCACUCCAAUGUGAACUGUAAGAGCAAUUAACAACUUGAAUAUAAUAAAUUGGAAC